AUGGCGGGUUCCAUCCAGAAAAACAUGAUGUUGAUACAGAAAGCGUCGUCUAUGCUCGGUCUACGCCGCGCCGCAGUAGUAUCCCCGUCUACUAGGCCUAUCAUGGGUCUGGUGUGGCAACAACAAGUCCGGUAUGAUAUGCAGAAGAUUGAACGUGGAUAUGUAUUAACCAACCCGACUCUUGCCUCUAGAAUGCAGACCACAAAGCCCGUCACAACACCACUAAGAGUGAUCAAGCCGGAAUUCGCCCAGGAAGAACUCGUUCGCCAACGCCUCCGGCGGCCUGUAGCGCCCCAUUUGGCCAUCUAUAAAUGGCAGGUUCACUCGGUCAGCUCUGCUAUGGAGCGAAACACGGGACUUCUUCUCGCCGGCGGCCUGUAUCUCUUCGGCACCUCCUACCUGAUAGCCCCCUGGCUCGGCUGGGAUCUGUCGUCAGCCGCCCUCGUCGCGGCCUUUGGCUCUUUGUCGGUGGCCACUAAGGUCAUCCUUAAGUUCUUCGUCGCCUGGCCCUUCACCUUCCAUCUCUUUAAUGGUAUCCGGUAUAUUAUCUCCACUACCGGAUACACGCUGGAUAGUAAGUCUCAGUUUAUUAAGAUCGCAUGGGCGGUUGUCGGCUCAUCGGCGUUGGCUGCCGUCGGCUUGGUGGCUUAUGUUUGA